AUGAAAACUUUAAAUAAAACAUUAGAAAUUAAAUGUUUACCAGCAGGUUAUCAUACAUCUUAUUUACCUUUAUCAGAUAGAUAUAAUAAAUGUAAUAUUCCAAUUAGAUUUAAUACUAGAAAAGUAUACAAUUGUAAACAUUCUUAUCAUGAUAAUUGUUAUAAUUCAGCAUGCUAUCAUUGUUUAGAAUAUUAUAAAAAAGGAAUUACUAAACAAGUUAAUUUAUUUAAAAAAGGAUUAGAAAGUAAUAAUGAUGAUAAUAAUAUUUUUGAUUUUUUAAAAAAUGAUAAUAUAAAUGAUGUUAAUGAAUUAGAUGAUGAAAAUAAUGAAAAUAAUGAAAUAGAAGAUAAUAAUAUAGAUAAUCUACUUCAAACAACUAUUAAUACUAUUAAUCAAUAG